CUUGUUGACGUCAAAGCAACCGUGUUUGAACAAAAGCCAAUUGGCUUGUUUAGACCAUUGUACGUGCCGAAGCUCGUAUCGCCUUCGCCCUCAUUUGAUGUUGUUUUACUAGAGGCUCACCUAGACCUCAUUGGUCCCUCACGCAUACUUGAGCUCUCCGAGUCCUUGAGACACUCUUGUCCCCUCUAUUUCUUUUAUCAACACCAAUCGUACUGUCAUCUUCGAUUUCACAUCGCACUUGAUCUGCACUCUCGAAACUAGGUCUACUGCGUUUAUCAUCUCAAACGCGCACUUAUGGCCUCAAAACCUACAAGCUUCGAUCAGCUCCCGCAUGACGUUCUUGUAGAGCUCGCAGCUCAUCUUGAUAUCCAGGAUGUCCUUCAUCUCAGGCAGACUUCAGAGCAGCUUAGGCAAGCUAGUUAUGAUCGCGGCGUGUGGAGCUCUCUCUAUAGGCGUAGCCACCUUCCAAGGCCCCGCGGUCCUUAUCCCCCGCAGACGAGAGAAGAGCUCGAGGACACGCUUAUCCGUUCCUUCACAGUGCGCAACAACCUGUUCACAACGCCGAUGAAAGCGCCAUCUUUUCACACAUACGACGUCGGUCAAGAGACGUCGGCGAGGCUGGUGUUAGUAGGCUCGAGAUAUGCACUCACGAUCGACACGUCCCGUACUCGGAUCACUUGUCGAGAUCUCAAGCAGGAAGCAGUACUGGACGCGACGGCCAGUACUCUUUGGCAGAUCGAAGACGGUACCGAACUCAGAGUUUUUGACUUGAGGCACUUUGAUGUCAUGACGUACGGCGGGCACAAGACGACACUUGUCCUUGUGGAGCAGCGCGAGAAGGACGAUAGGUUCCUCUUCCGCAAUUAUGGUCCGGUCAGAUUGGACAUCUUUCGACUCAUAGAAUCAGAGCCAUCCGGAGCUGGCGUGCACCUGGAGAAUCUCUGUCAGCACUCAUUAACCCUGAAGAACCCACAAAACCCGUAUAUAAACCACAGGCUAAGUGUUCGAGCAAGUCCCAGCACGCUUUUGGCUCAAUGGGAAAGAGAGGAAAACACUUUUCUAUGGAGCAUUGAAGACCUCAGCAAAGAACCGGUGAAGUUCACUCACAGUCCCAUUGUGCCUCCGUCGUACAUUGCCUGCCGAACACAUCUCUUCUCCUUUCUCCUCUCGGUGCACCUGAACGUAACGAUCAUCGCAGCAGCGCCUCUUACCGAAGUCUUCGCUCAAGGCUCCAUCCAUCCCACCGUUCGCGGGAUGGUACGUGGCCAUUUCAGCAAAAUCCAGAUGUUACGUGACGCUGUCGUCGACCCCGAAACUGGAACUACCGAGGUCAUUCUUUCCGCGCUUCAGACUGGGCAGCAAAUCGUCAUCCUUCGUCUGCGCAUCCCCUCCAAGCCGACCGGACACCCGCAGAACAAUCUUCUCGUGGACAUACAGGAGCUCAUGGCCGUUCCGUUCACUUCACGCUCUGUGGAGUUCAUAAGCCCAUCGUGGACGGGAAGCAUGCGAAUUCUACUAAGCCGAGUGUACAUGCACGUGCGGGGCCAGGAACGCGUCGAGAGAGAGGACACGCGGCCGCGGUUUGACAUUGUGGAGGUUGUGUGGGACGAAGAAAAGCAUCAGGCAAGGCGCAGUGUUUCAGAAGAUGUCUCCAUACCCGAUGAGGCAUUGGCCAAAAUGGACGCGGGCGGAUCGUUGCUUCUCUCCUUUGAAAGCGAGAAUGGCUCUGGAAAGCUCGUCUUCGACUAUCCUGCGUAUGUCGAUGAUGCUGGCAGGUCGAAGAAACGUAUUUUGGGUGUCCUGGAUUUCGCAGUUUGAGAUUCUGCUUUGGUCGAUAAAGAUACGGAGUGGCAUGUAGUAUAGAAUACGGCUGGACAGGGUACAUGUCAAUGCCACAAUUCCAGUUGGCUGGGUCGUUAGCAUGGAGGAAAUGUCUAUGUGAGAGUUAAUUAUGAAAAAAAAACGUAAGGUAACUCUAGAUUAUGCGAGUCCAAGAAAACCUUCCUCAAAGCCAAGUUCAAGCUUAGGAUCCAGCUGCCGCAAUCCGAUACAAUACGCUCGGUAGCGCAAAGAUGGCCCUGUCAUUCAAAGAGAUGUUAUACGGGUACUCCUCGAGUUCAACGAUGGCGCCCCGACUGGGCAUGAACCCGCGGAUAUCAACUCCCUUGAUCUCGCUACCCGACCGCAGACACAAGCUUCCAAGUGUGUUCAUCGAGCGCCAAUCCACUUCGUAUGUUGGCCACACUUUCCCAUCCUGACUGCUGCCUCCAAACGCCGUGAAGCAGACCUCGAAGGCUUGCAGACGAGGAAGAACAAGCCGCUUGACGGUGCUCAGCAGCGCGUCGGACGUGCUCCAUGUCAGCGUGCGUUCCGUCCAAUGCACGCUCAGAGUCUCCAGGUUGUCGUGCGUGAUGUCCGGAAGCGCAGAUACACCGCGCUGGUGCUGCAGAUCGAGCUUCGCCUGCAGAGUGAGAUGGCGCAGGUGGGUGCAGUGCGCUAGGACGGUGCUGAGGUUGACUUCGGUGAGGACGAUGCUGAGGGACGUAAUGCGGGCGAAGAAGGGUUGAACGAGAAUAGUCGGGUCCGUCAAGCCCGUGAAGAGGACUUCGGAGAGAGAAGAUGGAGUGCUGGAGAUAGACACGUCAGGAUCGGUCGUUCCGGGAAAAUCGACCGACGGGUCAAUGUCGACAGAUAGCUGGCGCAGCUGCGGAAGAUGUGGUGUAUGUCCCAGGAGAGCGCGAGCGUAGCUCCAUCCGGCCUCGAGCGAGAGCUCCUGGAUGCGGACAACGUUCACCUGCAGUAGCCGAAGAACGUCGUAGCCGCUCGAAUGGGCUUCUGUUCGGACGGAGACGGUGCUCUUGACGUGGAGGUUGAGUGGACGACUGGCGCUGCGUUCUAGCCAUUUCGAAGUCAUCUCGACCGAAAGGUCGCUCGUCCAGAAGCCAUAGUCCUCCACGACGAGCGUUGUCCAUAGCUCUGGCAUUGAGUGGACGACGGCGCGCCACCACCGACAUACAUGGCCGAGAUGCAGUGGCUGGGUGAGAAGGGACGACGGGCCCGACCCGGAGAAGGAGGCGUGUUGGAAUAUCUCCUGGAGAAGCUCGCAAGGGAGGGCUGCGGGGCUAUGGGUGCUCCGCGGGGCUGCCU